UAUGCACUUGUAUUUACUUGUAUCGUUACAUCCCAAUGCGCAGAUUAAAUGAAUUGAAAAUAGUAACAAUAGUAAAGUCGGUUCAGUGAUUAAAUAUAAAAUAUUGCAUAUUAGCAAUAAAAUAAAAUCGGAUUUCUCUGAAGCUGAGUAAAAGCCAGUAUUUGCGAAAUUUCAAGAGCUUCAAAGGUGACUUCUCAUACCAUUGCAGGAACUAAUUGUCAAGAAUUGAAUAGAAAUUAUAAUCGCGCAUUAUCAAAUAAUUAAACUAAACAACAUUGGUUGCUAGAUGCUUGGUUUAUUGUGCAUAUUUCUUGAAAACUUUUACCAAACUGCGUCAUAACUUAAAGCGCGAUUUUGCACACACAAUUGUUAUAUAUACAUACAUACAUCCGUGCAAUACGAUAAUCGAAUACAUAUAGAUCUAUAAAGCUUCGGAUUAAAAAGUUGCUGAAGUCGAUAUCGAAUUACAAAUUGCUCUUGGAUAUUCAGCUCUCUAGGAGUUCUGUGCUACUUUGCGCACAACUUCGGCAGAGAGUUAUUGGAAUAAGAUGUCUGCGGACUCACCUCGACGCCAGUCCCAUGGCAUAGCUGUGCCUGCAAUUGUUCCGCCCCAGGUUGUGAGUGAUCGAUCGAUUCUGGACUCCGCCAUUGGCUUUAUUAGCGAUGUAACGUUGGUGACGCAUCAGUCGCACACUGAGCCCAAAGACACAAUAAUAUGGGCAAGGUUUGAGACAACUGCUGAUAUAAGUGAUCCAUGCUUUGGCGCUGAUUGGGAAAUGGAAGGGCAUGUGGCUCCGCCAUUGCUAUUAGUACUCGGUUAUGGACUUGGUGUACAAGUGUGGGCAAUACCGGCAAACGGCGAGGCUAUUGAAGUACUCUCGUGGCGUCAUGGUGUUGUCUCGACGUUGCGUGUCCUGCCGACACCUGGUCCUACGCGAUUUACGGAUGAGCAUGGACGUGCUGAUGAAACGAUGGACGCUUUUGCCGAAAAACGGCCUUUGAUUGCAUUAGUGGACAGCGGUACGGCUUCCACGCAGCCACAGUUUUGUACCCUAAAUUUUGUAUCUCUUAAGACUGGAAAGCAAGUGAAGACGAUUAAAUUCAAAAAUCCAAUUCUUGAUGUACUCGCAAAUCGUUCGUCUUUGGUGGCUGUAUUUCAUGAACGUCUAGCUGUUUUUGAUGCCGGUACACUGGAAGAUCGACUUUCUAUAACUACUUGCUAUCCGAGUCCUGGCAUUAAUCCGAACCCUGUGGCUCUGGGACAACGUUGGCUAGCCUAUGCUGAGCAAAAGUUAAUUCCGUCAAAACGCAGUGGUGGCGGCUGGGAUGGCGAGGGCAUAGCCAGCUAUACAGCAACUGUACUAAAUGCCGCAAAGUCGUUUGGUAAAGGAUUGCGAGAGCUUGGUGAGCAAGUGGCAGCAGGUUUGACGGGAACAUCUGGCAGUGGCAGCUUAUCAAAAAAUAGUAGUUUCGAUUCCAGCACUGGCGUCGAAGCCAAACAACCGGGCAUUGUUACUAUAAUGGAUAUGGAGCAAAUCAAUAAAGACUACAGUCCCAACUCAACAACAUCCAGCACUGGCGUUAUCGACAAUGAAUCCAUUGUAGCUCAUUUUAUCGCCCACUCAGAAGCUGUUGUGGCUAUGGAGUUCGACAACUCAGGCAUGUUGUUGUUAACUGCAGACAGGCGCGGUCAUGAUUUCCAUGUUUUCCGUAUACAACCACAUCCAGUAAGCGCUAGUUUGUCAGCGGUACAUCAUCUGUAUGUAUUACAUAGGGGCGACACCAGUGCAAAGGUUCAAAAUAUAGCAUUUUCUCUGGACUCAAGAUGGGUAGCGGUUUCAACUUUGCGUGGAACUACUCACGUCUUCCCAAUAACACCGUACGGUGGUCCAAUGGGUGUGCGGACACAUACUUCGUUACAUGUUGUUAAUAAACUGUCCCGGUUUCAUCGUUCUGCGGGCUUGUCAGCAGAUGGACGAUCAAAUUCUCCAAUUUCUCAUUCGGAAAGUACGACUUUUAUGCAAUCACUGCAACCGUACCACAAUACGACACUCCCACCAUUUCCACGUCCUACAAUUGUUUUGGCUUUGGCUCAGCUACGACAGCCAUUUGCGCUCGGUUCUCCUCCUGGAUCUGCCGGGCUUGCUAUGCACGGUAAAAUCGGUGUGACUACUGGUGGUACAUCUAGCGCCUCACAGCGACAAAGACACUCUUCGUUGUCAGAUGACAAUGGAAAACCUUUGAGUGUAUGUGCUAUUUUUGCAAAAUCUCGUUCUUGGUUACUUGAACCACCAAAUGUCACUCGGGAAGCAUCACAUCGGAUUCAGCGCAAGGCAGUUGAUUCGCUUUUCGUCAUGGCUGGCCAUGGUGCUCUAAUUCAAUACGAUUUGGAUACGAAACUUGCAUCAAAUAUAGCCAAAGAAAAAAUUUGUGAUGACACUCCAAUUGAAUUGGAAGUGGAAGCUAAAGCGCAAUGGAAUCUUGGUAGACGAAGGGAUGGAUCUCAUGAAUUGAUGCCACCAUUAACAAAUGAUAAUUGGUUAAUGAAGGAUCGAUAUUCCUGUUUAAUGUUGGAUAGUAUACAUAAUUUUGAUGACGUGGAGGAAAAAACUGAGAGUUGGGUAUCACAAGUAGAAAUAAUAACACACGCCGGACCACAUCGUCGCCUUUGGAUGGGGCCACAAUGCGUGUUCAAAACCUACAACACACCCAGCGGGUCUAAUUUGAAUCAUGUCGAUGUCGAGGCCGUGGAAAUUGGGGUAACCAAGCCUACGCCUACAGCUGCAGCUAUGCGAUCGCACCCAUUAAGUAUGCCAGCCACUGCUACAGCGCGCUGCUCCUUGCCGGUCCUCAUCGAAUCGGGUUCUUACAGUAGUAUAGAGCAAAGUCCUAAGCUUAUGGAUCGUUUUCAUCACGAUCACUUGGAUUCUGAUUUUGCCGUAUCGCAUGGGGAUUCUAGACUGAAGGAGGAUUUGGCCGAUGCUAUGCGUGAAUCACCCUCUGUAUCUGAGGUUCACAAAAUUACUGGUCGAUUAGCCUCUGAGGUCGCUCCGUCUGAUAGUGUUUCCUUCUAUGAUGCCCGUGCAGAUCCCGAUAUUGGUGAUGAUGAUUCAGAUUUCAGCCCGAAAGCGAUGUGUUUAUAUUCCUCUUCUUCUCCCGCCAUGACAUCAGAAUCACUUGCUACAAAAAGUCUUUGGGACUUAGUUCCUGAUGUCGAUUCCGACAAAACUAAGACGACUCGGUUGUUUUCAAAUCCAUUAAAGAAGCAAACAGAAAUUCCAAAAAUUUCCACAGCUUCUGUAGAAAAAGUGGUUAAUCCUCUGGGAACUGUAACAACUGUGAUUUCAGGUAUUUCGACUGAGGUUAAAAAGGACAUUCUUGAUGAAGUGGUGUCACAAUUAGCUGCCGAAGAAUGCAUUAUACAUGAGAACUGUGAUGAGUCUUUGUUUCGCCCCGUGGUGGCCAUAUUUUGCGAUGACAAGGAUCGAAAGGCAGAAGAAGAGGCUGCGCGAGAGAAUAAAGAAUUUUGCAAACCACCAGAGUUAAUCAGAAAUAAACUUGUUGUCCCAGUUAUAGCAAAAGAAGUUGAUGCAGAACUUAGUAAAAGGGAAAAAAUUGAAAAGAGUGCGAAGAUUAAGACGCAAAAUUUAAAGAAAGCAAAAGACCUUUCGAUGGAAAAUAAGAAAUCAAUCGGCAGCGAUUUAGCCAACGAAAGUGAUAAAAAACAAAAACAGCAAAAAGAAAACUUCGACUACAAACAAACGCCGACAGCAUCGCCAAAUACCAAAUAUAACUGUAUGGAAGGUAAAAACGAGAAAAUGAAUCAAGAUAAUGAUAAUGUUGAAUGCAAUCGUGCAGACAAUGUAAAUAAUAAUAAAGUCAAUGAUUAUGAAACAAAAAAAGGCGUCACACGUAUGUCAUCAUUGGAAGAAGAAGUAAUAGAAUUCAAGAGAAUGACACCUUUAUCUGUAGUAAAGAAUCGAAGGCAACCAACUUUAUCAGAUGUUAAAGGUCUAAGGAAAGAGCAAUCAAUAGAAGAGUCUCAUAAAAACCCGUGCAAGGAUUUAAAAUCGAAUGAAGCUAAAAAAAAACGGAUAAAAAAGGGAAUGAAUCCAAAAAGCUUGAAACAGAAAAGUUUAAACAGACAGAAAGGAACGAGGAAUUGUCGUUGAUAUAAUUUUUCAUCUGAUCUUCAUGAAGAAAAAAUCAAAGAGUCUCCCCAAUGUUUAAUACUACCAAAAUCAUUGGAGCUCGCUGAGAUAUCAGACUCGGAAGAUCAGCAUACAAAAUUAAGUAUAGCUUCGAAAUCACACGUGUCCAUUGACACGCCGCUUCAAGAGGUCAACGUUACGGAAAUCGAAGGCGAUAUCAAAAGCACAAAUAAAUCAAACAAUCUUUUAGAUAAAAAAGACUUGUCGAAAAACUUUGAAAAGGCCGUCAAAGUAGGUAAUAAAUCAGAUUUGAAACCGGAAAGGUUGGCAGAUGUAACGUCUAAGGAGAAAUUUGAAAGUGAAGAACCUAGUAAAAUUGCACAAAGCUGUGCCACGCACGAUUUGCGGAAAAAUACCAUACCAGCAUCAUUAACCCCGAAAGCAGCACCCAAGCAAAACGAAGAGCACUCUGAAAGUGAUAGCUUAUAUACUGUUAAAGUUAUAGAUACUACUGAAGCAAUACAACAGAAUAAACAAUCAAAACCCAAAUGCACUGAAAACAAAACUUUGAAAGAUGUAAGCAAUAAACUAAGCAAGCACAAAAAUAGUGAUUCAAAAUUAACACCAGUAGUUGUUAGCUCACCUAAAAGAACGCCAACGAAAGAACAAAAAGAAUCAAAAAAAUCUGCAAACACGCCACAAGAAUGCGAUAAUAUAGUCGUAAGUGUCGCUGUACCUACUUGUGCAGCUGAAACUUUGCCGAUAACGAGUAAAAACUAUGUUACAAAGGAUUCUAUCGACGGAGUUGGCAAAAACAAUAAAAUACCGUUCGAACAAGAAGUCAGUACAGUUGUCUAUAAGGAGGAAAAUGAGGUAUUCCCACUGUUGGAGCCAAAAUCGAAAACUAAUCCCGGUUCACAACCGCCCUUAGUAAUGAAUCCGGUUUGGAAAACUUUCAAUACUGUUCAGACCGCGAAAACACACCCCGACACUCAUAUUGAUAACUACCCAACCUUAGGAGCUGUCGGUAAAACUAAAAAGUUUGUUAAAAAUAAGGAGAGCUCAACGGAGAAAAGCGAAGGCGCCGGCUGUAAGAGUGGGACCAAGUGCUCUUCAAAUUUCGAAUCGUUUUCUGCGUUACAACCACUAGAAUCUUUGCCUCCAUUACCAGUUUUGGAGCCUCUAGAAAUGUCUCCAUAUACGACAAUUUUGAAAAAUAAAGAAUCUAAGCCUCUUUCAAAGGUCAAAGAUAAUUUGGCAGAGCAAUUGAGCUUGAUUAAUUUUGACAGUCCUUUGCAAGAACAUCCAAAGAGCGAUCGGAAGAUGGCACCAACAUCUACGCUCAGUGGAAUCAAUCAUCAAAAUUUAAUUUUCGCUUUAUGCGGAUCUCUGCACUAUGAAGGUGAUGAAGAUAAAUUGCCGACAGAAUGUCCCAUAACCUCUAAUCCAAGUGGUGGAGACCCAACAGUAACGGAGAAUAAGUUGCUGCACGAGAAUGAGGAACAAUACUUGAGUUUGGAACAAAGUUCUCAAGAAACUAAUACAACCAACACAGCUACGACAAAUGAAAAAUCUUCCAGCUCAGAAAAUUCUUCUGCAUCAGAAGAAAUUAUUGUAAUCGAAGAGAAAAAAAUGAGUAAAAAGCAACGGCGGAAGCGACAACAAAUGGAGAUAAAGCAGCAGCAGGAAGAAGAGUCUGUAACUCGCGACGAUGAUGAAGAGUUACGCCCAUUAAUUGGCAUGACAGAUUCUCACUUAGAAACACUUGCAGGAGUAAGAAGGGAUGUGCCCUGUUCAAUGCCAUCUAAACUAGAAAACAAGGAUGUACCAGCAAAAAUUAAAAAUAUAACUGUUUUAGAAUUAGCACAAAAUGCGACUGCUUCGCCACUAGCCAAUUCCACAACUACCACGACGGAUAGCGAAGGCCCCAUACCAGCCACCACUUCAGACGACAACAUUUUCAUUUUGCCCUUGACCCCAGCAAACACUAAUGCGCCCAUAAAACAGAAGACCAAGAGAAUCGAACAUAAAAUAAAUCUUAUGGCUGCGAUUGAUGCUGCUACCUCGUCGUCUACAUCUUCUGCUGAAGAAAGUAAUAUGGAAACGGAAAGCCGCCGAAUCGCGCCCGACCAAGAACUAUCUGUCCACGGAGUAGGUGCAUCACAAACUCAAACAGUUUCAACCAACGUCAGCUUAGUCACACCGUCAUGUGCGCCAAAGAAGAAAAGCAAGCGCCGUAAGAGAUAAGAUUUAGCUUUCUGUUUGCUGUGUGUCUUUUGUGUAAUGAUUGUAUACUAUUUAUAUAUUGUAUACUACACUGGCAAAAGAAAUAGUGAUAGAAUUUUAAUGACAGGUGCUGAUGAAAAAGUAUCAAAGAAUGGUUUAGCAAAAACAAGAUUGACUUAAUUGUACAUAUAAUUUUACGAUUUGAAUAACACAAACGCGCCAGCAUUUGUACAUACAUAUGUACAUACAUAUAAUAUGUAUGUAUGUAUGUAUGUAUGUACACAUCGUCGCCUGAAUUAAAGAUUGUCGUAUGUUGCUUUCGGCAGGUUUUGGGAAAUGCCAAUUGAAGUUUGGAAUGCAGUUCCUCAAAGAUUGUUUUCAAAGUCCCAGAGAAUGUUACUACUUCACGAAAUUUUUAAAUUAUUUUAUUUUUAUUGUUUAUUGUUAAUUAUUUUUCAAUUUAUGAAGGAUUUUCUUUAGUAAAAUUUUUUUUUGUAUGCUACAUUUGUCAACAAUUUUGCAACCACUUCGUAUGACAUGCGAACAGAAACAACAACAACAACAUGCGACGAAAUGAGAUACAUUUUGUUUACUAAUUUAACUAUACUUUUUACUCAAUUUCUCGGAAACUAAAUGAGAUAUCCAAAUAUAGGCGACGCCAUUUUAAAGAUCUUUAUUAAUUUAGCAUGACUGCAUUAUUAACUCAAUUUGUACUAAAUUAUCGAUAAAAUUUUUGUCAAUAUCACGGAAACUUAGAGAGGUAUCUAAAAACUGAUAAAACCACUUACGACAACCUUUUAUCCAGGCGACGAUAUGUAUGUAAGUGUCAGCACUACGUAUGCAUAAACAAUAAUUCUAUUGCAUGAAAGUUUAAUUACAUAACAAAUUUCAUGAAAACAUUGUCAAAACUUAUUUUAUAACUCCCCAUUUCCAAGAAUCGCAAUGAAUCAUAAACCGAGCACGAAUCAGAAGAGACAUAUUUUUACAUAAUUUUAUUUGCCUAUUGAAAAACAACAACAAACUAAAAAAGCAUCCACUUAUACCUCUAAAUUUUUUAUUAACAGAAAAUUAUAAUUUAUUAUGUUAAUACAGUCUAUAACCGCGGCCAAAAAUGGAAGAUUUAUAAAAAGUAUUUAUUAUUAGUAAAUGUCUUAUAGUUUGUGUUCAAUUAUGUAUGGAAGUUUUCUUAGUUACUCUGCAAAAGUUUUAUACCCAACAGUAGCACUAUGUAUAUUUACAAUAACGUAAUAUUUAAUUUCGGUUUUGUAUGUCUUAAAAUCAAAUGGCAAAGGGUUAUUAAAAUGAUGAAUUUUUAGGAUAUACAUACAUACAAUGUGAACGUAUAAAAGUUGUAAAUAGAUUAUCUUAUUCAUUGUAAUAUUAAACUGGCUUUAUUAAAUCAUAUAAAAUAAAGGUUUAAGUUAAUAACCAA